UAUAAACGGCCUCCCCGCACCCUGCUUGUGUGCGCUCCCUGGGAGCGCGCGCAGCACCGCGAUCCGGUGCCCGCUGUGUCCCCCGGACACAUAGUAAGCAAGAUGUCACUUGUGACAUCAUUGCUUACUACGUGUGAAAUCUGUGAAUGAUCACAGAGGUCACAUGGUACAAGGCUAUUCACAACAGCCUUGUACCAUGUGACAAGCUGUGACCAAUCACAGCUCACUCAGUAC